CUUUUCUCGAUCAAUCGCUCGACAUUCCAACAUCGCGACUCCAUUCCAGAUUGUCUGCAGCGAGUCGCCGUUUUCAGAGACAGAACAUGGCCGACUCGCGAUUCUCAGCGCUGUCAAGCGACCCGCGCUAUCGCAUUCCCAAUCGCAAAAAGUCCCGCACCGCCAUCGAUUCGCGAUUCAAGGGCAUUUUCUCGGAUCAAGAUUUCCGUAAAAAGGCCAGCGUCGAUCGCUAUGGACGGAAAAUCCAAGCGGAGAAAGGCAAGAAGGAAUUAGAAGAGAGAUUUCAGCUUGAAGAGGACGAAGAUGAAGAUGCGCCAGAAUUGUCUGAAGAGGACGAUGAAGAGGAUGAGGAAGAAGCUGGUAGGGCUACGACACUUGCGAGGCGGGACCCCGCGCGACAAGGUGGUUUCGCAGACGCAACAUCUUCAGAAGAAGAGUCUUCAGAAGAGGAAGAAGAGGAAAGUGAAGCAGAGAUCGAGUUAGCUGAGUUGACCGCCGGUCAAGAACAGGACGAAGAGAUUCCCAUGGGCGACGUCACGAAGAGGAUAGCGGCCGUCAAUUUGGAUUGGGACAACAUUCGAGCUUCAGAUAUCAUGGCCGUCUCAUCAAGUUUCGUGCCCGAAGGCGGAAAGGUGCAGCGGGUGAUAAUUUAUCCCAGCCAGUUCGGGAAAGAGCGACUACAGCGUGAGGAGCUGGAGGGACCUCCCAAGGAGAUCUUCAGUGCAGGAAAGAAGAAAAGCGCUGAGGAUGACGAGGAAGAGGACGAGGAGGACAGUGAAGAUGAGGAAGCUCGAAUCAAAAAGCAACUCCUUGACGAACAGACUGGCGAAGGUGAUGAAUUCGACACAGCAAAGCUGCGGCAAUACCAGCUGGAACGACUAAGAUAUUACUAUGCGGUUAUUGAGUGCGACAGUGAACGGACGGCCAAAGCGCUGUACGAUUCCAUGGACGGGCGAGAAUACCUCUCUACUGCAAAUUUCUUCGAUUUGCGCUUCGUUCCUGACGAGACUUCCUUUGAAGAUGACCAACCCCACGAAGAAUGCGAUUCUCUGAUCUCAGGCUAUCGACCGAACGAAUUCAAGACCGAAGCUCUCACUCACUCCAAAGUUCGCCUCACCUGGGACGACGAUGAUGCCACCCGCAAGGAAGUUCAAAAACGCGCUUUCUCUCGUGCUGAGAUGGACGAAGAAGAUCUGAAAGCUUAUAUUGGCUCCGACUCCUCCGAUGCCGAAAGCAUAUCCUCCAAGAAGUCCUCAGCCGAAGAUCGCAAGGCGAAGAAACGUGACGCACAGCGUGAGAAGAUGCGUGCAGCCCUCGGUCUUGCCCCGGAGCCAACAGCCAAAUCUUCAUCGAAGAAGAACCCCGCUGAGCCAGUUGGAGACAUGCAAAUUACCUUCACAUCCGGCCUGGGAGGCGGCAAAGAAGGCAAAAGUGUCUUUGAGAACGAGCCCCAGGACGAAGAGAGCACCCGCGCCCGCUACAUCCGCAAAGAACGCGAGCGAAAACAACGCCGCAAAGAGAAAAACAAAGCCGGCGGCAAACCCGACGAUGGCGAAGCCGACGACGCAGAGGUUGCCGAGAACGACGACGAAGAAGCUGAAGAAGCAGACCCCUUUGACGAUCCCUUCUUCAACGACCCCUCCGCCGCCUCCAAAGCCGAAGCCAGCGCCAAAAAAGCCGAGAAACAACGCAAACGCGCCGCCCUCGCCGCCACCGACGCCGAAACCCAACAACGCGCCGCCGAACUGGACCUGCUCAUGGCAUCCGAGCAAGCGGACAACCUCCGGCACUUCGACAUGCGGGAGAUCAAGAAGGCGGAGAAGGACGCCAAGCGAAGCAAGAAUAAGAAAUUCAAGAACAAAUCGGCUGCUGCCGCCGAGGCUGCUGUGGCAGAUGAAUUCCAGGUCGAAACGGAUGAUCCAAGAUUCAAGAAACUUUUUGAAAGUCAUGAGUUUGCGAUUGAUCCGACCGAUCGGUUAUUUGCGGGGACGAAGGCGAUGAAGGCUACUGUUGAGGAAGGGAGGAAGAAGAGGAGAAGGGUUGGUGGGAAGGGAGAUGAGGCGCCGGAGGAACCUGAGGAGGAGGAGAGGAGGGAGAGGAAGCAGGGGAAGAAGGCGAGACGGGCGAGGGUGUAA